AGAAGCAGGGCCCCGAGCGGAAGCGCAUCAAGAAGGAGCCCGCCAUGCGCAAGCCCGGCCUGCUCUUCGGAAUGGGCCUCUCCGGGAUCCGGGCCGGCUACCCGCUCUCCGAGCGCCAGCAAGUGGCUCUGCUCAUGCAGAUGACGGCGGAGGAAUCUGCAAACAGCCCAGUUGACACAACACCAAAGCAUCCCUCUCAGUCCACAGUUUGUCAGAAGGGAACUCCCAACUCUGCCUCCAAAACCAAAGAUAAAGUAAACAAGCGGAACGAGCGGGGGGAGACGCGGCUGCACCGCGCCGCCAUCCGAGGGGACGCCCGGCGCAUCAAGGAGCUCAUCAUCGAGGGCGCCGACGUCAACGUGAAGGACUUCGCGGGCUGGACGGCGCUGCACGAGGCCUGCAACCGCGGCUACUACGAUGUCGCGAAGCAGCUGCUCGCUGCGGGCGCCGAAGUCAACACGAAGGGCCUGGACGACGACACCCCACUGCACGACGCAGCCAAUAACGGGCACUUCAAGGUGGUAAAAUUGCUGUUACAUUAUGGAGGGAAUCCUCAUCAAAGCAACAGGAAGGGAGAGACACCUUUAAAAGUAGCUAAUUCUCCCACCAUGGUGAAUCUACUCCUGGGCAAGACCACGUAUCCCUCUAGUGAAGAGAGCUCAACAGAGACCUCGGAAGAGGAGGACGCCCCUUCCUUCGCUCCCUCCAGCUCUGUUGAUGGCAAUAACACAGACUCAGAGUUUGAGAAGGGCUUGAAGCACAAGCCCAAGGCCCAGGAGCCCCCCAAGACCAUCACCCCCGUGAAGGAUGAGUAUGAGUUUGAUGAGGACGAUGAACAGGACCGGGUACCGCCAGUCGAUGACAAACAUUUGCUGAAAAAGGAUUACAGAAAAGAGACUAAAGCAAACAGUUUCAUUUCCAUACCCAAAAUGGAAGUGAAAACUUAUACUAAAAAUAACACAAUUACACCAAAGAAAGCUGCCCACCGCAUCCUAUCGGACAGCUCGGACGAGGAGGAGACCAGCGUUGCUGUGGGGACUGCGGAGAAGCUGCGACUCUCGACCCACUCGAUAUUGCCCAGCAGCAAGAUCCGGGAGCCCGCCAGCACGAAGGCGCAGAAGGAGAAAAGCAAAGUAAAAAAGAAGCGGAAGAAGGAGACUAAAAGCAAAGAGGUUCGGUUUGGCAAAAAAAAUGACAAAUUUUGUUCCUCUGAAUCAGAGAGUGAAAAUGUGGAGAGUGAGGAGGAUGAUAGAGACUCUCUUCAGAGCUCUAGCUGUGUAAAGGACUCCAGGCUAGUGCUAAAGGAAUCCUCCUUGUUUAACUCUCUGUCUGCCUCAUCGACCUCUUCGCAUGGGAGUUUAGCAUCCCAAAAACACAAUGCUAACCUUACAGAGCAGCACUCCAAGCACUGGAGGACGGACAAUUGGAAAACCAUAUCUUCCCCCGCUUGGUCAGAUGUCAGUUCCCUAUCGGACUCCACGAGGACGAGGCUGACGAGCGAGUCAGACUACUCGUCCGAGGAGUCCAGCUUAGAGUCGCUAAAGCCAGUCAGGAAGAAACCAGAGCACAAAAAGAAAAACAAUCCACACAACACUGUUUCGGAGAAGAAGAAUUCAUUCCAUAGCAAUGUGGAUGGAGCAAUUCCAAAGCUGGACAAGGAGGGGAAGGUUGUUAAAAAGCAUAAAACAAAACACAAACAUAAAAACAAGGAUAAGGGACAGUGCCCCAUCAGCCAAGACAUUAAAAUAAUCAAAACGUUUUCUUUUGAGUUCGAGGACUCUAAACAAAAGCCUGAGAAAGGCUUGAUAGUAGAGACAGAAACUCCAGUCGAAAAUAAAUUGAAAGUAUUAAAACAUGAGCGGGAACAUUGUAAGAAGGAAGAAAAACUCCCCAAAGGUAAAAUGGAGGAGAAGGAGUGGUUGUUUAAAGAUGAGACUGGAAAAUCCUCGAAAGAGGAGAAAUCUCUAAGAAAAGUCAAAGAUGGUAGUAAAGACAUGAGCAAAUCCUUCAGAGAAGGAUUGAGUAAAUCAGAAAAAGAGAAGCCUGUAAAGGAGAAGUCUCCCAAAGAGGAGAAGCCCAGAAUACACAAGGAGGAAAGAAAGAAGAAAUCAAAGGACAAGCAGUCCAAAUCUGAAAAGAAGAAUGAUCUGAAGGAGGAGAAAGCUUCUAAACUAGAGAAAGAAAAAUCCUUCAAAGAAGAGAAAGAAAAAUGCAAAAAAGAAAAAGUUUACAGGGAUGAGUCUGGCUAUGACGAGUUUAAUAACAAGGGCCAGUUUGCCGAAAGCGAGGACACAAAGUUCAGCCUCUCGGACGAUCAACAAGAGAGAUGGUUUUCAGACUUAUCGUCUGAUUCUUCCUUCGAUUUCAAGGGCGAAGAUAGCUGGGAUUCUCCAGUAACAGACUUCAGGGAGAUUAAAAAUGACACCGUGGCCAAACUAAUCAUAGAGCCCGUGAAAGAGGAAAUUAAAGACAAGAAAAAGGAAAACAAAACGAAAGAGAAGAAAGAAUACAAUGAAAAACGUAGUGAAAAGGACACUUUCUCCAAAAAGAAAGACAGAGACUACGUGGACAAAAACUCUGAGAAGAAGAAGGACCAAACUGAAAGACACAAAGUUCCUCCUAGUUAUUUGCCUGAAAAGGACAAGAAAAGGAAGGAUUCUGCAGAAAGUGUCAAAGAGAGGAAAGAAAAAGAUACAGGUGAAACCAACAAGGAUAGAAAAGAUUCCUCUGAUAGCUCUAAAGAUAGAAAAGAUGCCAAAAGUAAACAGGAGGAGCCCUAUCGCGACGAGUUUAAAGACUACGGCUGCGAAACCUUCUUCAAGGACAAGUCUGAGCCCGAAUUCAGCGGCAAAAAUCUGGAGAGCUGGGAUAGGCACCAUUCCGGGAAGGAGAAGAAAGAGGCUCCCGACAAGGAAAAAAAAGAAAAAACGAAGCCAGACAAAUACAAGGACAAAUCCAAAGAGGGAGACAAGGAGAAAAAUGAAAAAGUUGCUCCUGAGAAAAACCUGAAAGACAAAGAACUAGAAAAAAGUUUCAAAGAGAAAAAAGAAACAAAAGAGAAGUACAAAGACCUGCACACCAAGGACAAGGAGAGGAAGAGUUCCUUCGACCAGGUUAAAGAAAAGAAAGAGAAAAACUUCUCCGUGGAUAGAGAAGACUUCUCUGAGAAAAAGGAGGAGAAGAAAGGCAAGGAGAAGAGCUGGUACAGCAUCGCAGACAUCUUCACGGAUGAGAGCGAGGACGAGAGGGACGAUUACAGCUUGACGGGGUUCAAAGUGGGCGACACGGUUGGGAGCGAACUGCACCGCCUGGAGAGUCUGCAGGAGAAGGAUGAUGGAGCCGAAAAGGAGCUCUACACCGACAAACACCGCAAGUAUUCCUCGGACAGGCAGCAUUCCGGGGAAAAGCAGAAGGAGAAGGACUCCAAGGAGAAGAAAAAGGACAAGGGAACAUCGGAAGGCGGCAAGGAGAAAAAGGAGAAGAACUCCUUCGAAAAACACAAAGAGAAGAAGGAUUCUUCCGAGAAGUACAAGGACAGGAAAGACAGAACAUCCAUAGACUCCACUCAGGAAAAGAAGAACAAGCAAAAGCUCCCUGAAAAAGCUGAAAAGAAACAUGCCAGUGACGAUAAGGUGAAAAACAAGCAUAAGGAGAAGGGGGAUAAAGAGCAUUCCAAAGAGAAGAAAUCCUCCAAAGGAGGAGAAUCAGAGAAGAGCCUUUUGGAAAAACUGGAGGAGGAGGCUCUGAAUGACUAUAGGGAUGAUUCCAAUGAUAAAAUCAGCGAAAUCUCCUCCGACAGCUUCACAGAUAGGGGACAAGAUCCAGGACUGACCAGCCUCUUCGAAUCUUCUAAUCUCUCUCUUGCUGAUGCCUCUGAAGAAAAAUUUAAAGAUUCUCUGCCUUUGCCCUGCUUGCAGGACAAACUCAAGGAGAAGGAGAGACACAGACAUUCCUCGUCUUCAUCGAAGAAAAGUCAUGAGAAAGAAAAAGCAAAGAAGGAGAAAACAGAGAAAAAAGAAAAAGCAGAAGAAUUUAAAGACUCCAGUAGCAGAAAGGAUUCCACCCAUUAUGAAAAGGAUUUCUCUGUGGAUGGGGAGGCUUUUAGCACUUCUUACAACAUGAAGGCAGAGCCUGAUGAAGAACCUGAAAAAAGCAUUGAUUACUUAUUUUCUGAAAAGAAAGAAAAAAAUGAUUCUGAAAGAGAACUGUCAAAGAAGGCAGAAAAAGAAAAGACUUACGGUUCCAGCGCCAUCAGCACAGCGAAAGAGAAAAAGAAGCGUGAUAAGCACAAGGAAAAAUGGAAAGAGGACAAGGAAAAGCAUAGGGACAAACAUGCAGAUGGUUUCUUUAAACAUCACAAAGAUGAACCAAAGUUAACGCUUAAAGACAAGGACAGCCCUCAAGUUACAACCUUUAAAGAUAAAUCAAAGGACGAAAGCCUCAAAUUUGGUGAAACCAAACUGAAGGAGAAACUCAAGGAAAACCAAGAAAAAGACAAAUCAGAGUCGAUAAAAAUCAGCAAUGGUAAUGAAAAAAUAACCCUGUCCAAAGAUCCCGUCAAGAAAGAUACCAGGCCAAGGGAGAAGCUUCUGGGAGACGGGGAUCUGAUGAUGACCAGCUUUGAGAGGAUGCUGAGCCAGAAGGAUCUGGAGAUCGAGGAGCGCCACAAAAGGCACAAAGAGAGAAUGAAGCAAAUGGAGAAAAUGCGACACAGGUCCGGGGACCCCAAGUUAAAGGACAAAAUCAAAAGCGCUGAAGAGGUGCGCAAGAGGAGCCUGGACCUGGCAGCCAAGAAGCCGUUAACGCUGGACACGCAGCUCAAGGACAAGAAAAUUAAAGAAUUGGGUCCACUGACUCCUAUACUGUCACCGGACAACAAGGCCCAGCCGGCUGUUGGGACGGAUUCCAAGGACUGGAUAACCGGGCCGCAGCUGAAGGAAAUCCUUCCCGCGUCCCCGCGGCCGGAUCAGAACAGGCCCACGGGCGUCCCGACGCCGGCGUCCGUGGUGUCCUGCCCAAGCUACGAGGAGGUGAUGCAGACGCCGAGGACCCCUUCGUGCAGCAACGACGACUACACGGAUCUCAUGUUCGAAUGCGCCGACUCGCAGCACUCGCUGCCCAUAUCCACCAUGUCCAUGAACGCGUGUUCUCCAUCCUUCUUUGACAGAUACGCCAACGUCUCCAGCGGGCUCCCUGAGAACCCCAGCCAGACCCCGACGCGCACCAUCCCCUCCACCAACCUUUACCGCUCCAUCUCUGUCGAUAUCAGAAGGCCACCCGAGGAAGAAUUCAGCGUGGGAGAUAAAUUUUUCAGGCAGCAAAGUGUCCCAGCAACAUCAAAUUAUGACUCUCCAGUGCAGCAUUUAAUGGAGGAAAAGGUUCCCCUUCCCCCUGUUCCCACAGAGAAAUUCCAGUGUUUAUCUCCUGGGUAUUAUUCACCUGAUUAUGGGGUUUCGUCACCUAAAGUGGAAGCUUUGCACUGUCCCCCGGGAGCUGUCAGCGGAGUUGCCCAGUCACCCGAACGUGUCUUUUCUGGUUUACAAGCAAAAUCCUCCCCCUCGCAUCGAGAUGAACUGCUGGCGCCUUCCGUAGAAAGUGCUCUUCCCCCGGACCUGGGCAUGCCGCUGGACACCACGGAGGAGCAGCAAGCUACGGCCUCCAUCAUGCCCCCAGAACCUACCUUCUUGCCACCUAUUGAAGAAAACCAUUUUAGUUCAGCCAUGCCAGAGCAAAACAGCAUGGACUGGGACAACCCUCCUUCGAGGAACGCCGACGCCGCCGUUCCUCCCAGCCUCAUUGGGAACCCCGCGGAGCACUCCGUCAGCUGGUCCAUGGGCUCAGAGCUUCUCAUGAAAUCUCCCCAGAGGUUUCCCGAGUCUCCUAAGCCACCUCUCUGUUCCCUAGAACCAAUUCACCCCACACCAGUAGCCUUCAUUCCCGCAGAAGCGCCGUACCCCGUCUCUCCUAUAUCUUACCCUCUGUCAGUGUCUGAACCAGGGCUUGAGGAAGUCAAGGAAGAUGCUGAAGAAGCAGUUCCAGGAGAAAUAGCGACCACUGCUGAUGAGCAAGCACCGUAUAUGUCCCCUAGCAGAUUAGACACGUUCUUUAAUAACUGCAAGCCUCUUCCAGAAGAAGCACCAGAGAUACCUCCCGAACCCCCUUGCAUGCCAACAGAAACUCAGGCAGAAGUUGUUAAGACACCAGAAAACAACUAUUUGGAGAGCGGUAACGCUGCGCCCGCAAACGCAGAGGAGCCCGUAACGUGGCCUGAUCCAUUCACCAACACAGAGGAUGAUUUGGACCUUGGCCCCUUCUCGCUACCAGAGCUGCCGCUCCAGCCUAAAGACCCCGCCCCUCCCGGGGGAGAGGGGGUCCCCAGCGCACCUGACGAGAAGGGGCUGGAGGAAUCGGAAGCGCAGAUAUUCCAGCAGAGCUCGACCGAGUCCGCCCAGGCCGAGAGCAAAGAGGUGGAGCCCGCUCAUGAGGACGUGUCCUCCGCCAGCGCGGGGCCGGAGAGCAGCUCCCAGAGCUGCCCGGCGCCGGGGACCGUCCCCGAGAGCGGCCCCGCGCAGGACGGCGCCCAGCCCGCUCCGGACGCGCCGCCGGGGAACGCUCCGGCAGAAGUCACGGAACCAGCGCAGAAACCGGUAGCCGAAGCUCCCAAACCGCCCAAAAUAGAGGAGAUUCCUCAGCGGAUUACCAGGAACCGGGCUCAGAUGCUGGCCAACCAAAACAAGCAGAACGCUGCGUCUUCGGAGAAGGAAUUUCCUCCUGUUUCUGCACCUUCCACGCGUGCCAAAGGCCGGAUUACGGAGGAAGACGAUUCCCAGACUCAGCACCCACGAAAACGGAGGUUCCAGCGCUCCAACCAGCAGCUGCAGCAGCAGAUCAACACCUCCACCCAGCAGACGAGAGAGAUGAUACAGCAAACACUGGCAGCUAUCGUCGAUGCUAUAAAACUGGAUGACAUUGAACCCUAUCACAGUGACAGAUCCAACCCCUACUUUGAGUACCUCCAGAUCAGGAAAAAGAUUGAGGAGAAGCGGAAAAUCCUCUGCUAUAUCACACCCCAGGCUCCUCAGUGCUACGCUGAAUACGUCACCUAUACUGGCUCCUACCUGUUGGAUGGCAAACCUCUAAGCAAGCUGCAUAUUCCAGUGGUGAGUCACCUUCUCCCCUCGCUUAGUUCUGAGAAGCUGAUCGUGUCCUGCGAGCAGGAGAUCCUGCGAGUCCAUUGCCGGGCAGCGAGGACCAUUGCGAACCAGGCCGUGCCCUUCAGUGCCUGCACCAUGCUGCUGGACUCCGAGGUCUACAACAUGCCUCUGGAAAAUCAGACCUGCCUGCUCAUGCGGCAGCAGCACGAGGCCGCGGCGCUCAACGCGGUGCAGAGGAUGGAGUGGCAGCUGAAGGUGCAGGAGCUGGACCCCGCGGGGCACAAGUCCCUCUGCGUGAACGAGGUGCCCUCGUUCUACGUGCCCAUGGUCGACGUGAACGAUGACUUUGUGCUCUUGCCGGCAUGACGGUGCGCAGCCAGGAGACAUCACUGAACACGGGCAAGGACGGGAGCCCUCCGAGGUCGGGCGGUCGAGCUCACAUUCACCCUUACCGCUUGCUGAUGAAUCCCUGGUCAGAGGAGGAGGAAGCAGCUAUCGGCAGACAACUAAACAGCGAGAAAAAAAAUUGCACUUUCUUCACCGCGC